ACAUCAGGUGCAGAACAGAGGGCUUCACUCUGCACUGUCAGGGUGUGGAUCUCCAGCUCACCCCUACCUGGAGCUUUGCCACACUUCAUUCCAUGGCCAAGCAAAGCAGUGAGGAGGCAGCAGCCCCAGGGAUAGACACAGACCUGCAGGCCCCAGGGAUGGACACAGACCUGCAGCCCAGGACCAGGCGGUGUGACAGUGACUGCCUCGCACCUCAGAGAGGGCAGGACAUGGUGCUUGCAGCAUGGAUGAGGAGGGCUUUGACCAGCUCCUACCAACAGCUCCUGCCCAUGGGCCUGGAGCCUCGGGGCCAGAAAAAGGCAUCCACAUGCUGCGCUCGGACAGCCCUCAGCAUGUACCUGCUGCUGCUGACGGCCGGCCAGGGGCUGCUGAUGUACAAAGUAUUUAAGAUGCAGAGAGAGAUAUUGAAACUUCAAGAGCAAAAUGCCUCCUAUACAGAAGCGAUUCUGCAGCACUACUCUGCCAACAAUCCGGCCUUGUUGAGAGGCUCUACUUGGAAGGACUUUCUCAUGGGACAAGAAGAAAACUGGAGGAGAAGCUUAGAAGAGGAAAUCACCAUAAUUAAAAGCAACAAUGCAAACCUGAUGAUGAGGAUGAACAACAUCACCCUGGUUGCAGGGCCUCCUGGACGCAAAGGAGAUCCUGGUCUACCAGGGUUACGGGGACCACCAGGGACAAAGGGAGACCAAGGCAUACAUGGACCCCAGGGGGAGAAGGGGAGCAAAGGAGCUCCUGGUCCUGCUGGCCCAAGUGGUGGUCCAGGAGUGAAAGGAGAAAAGGGAGAGAUGGGGCUUGCAGGUCCCCAAGGACGGAAAGGUGACACGGGCGAGAAGGGAGACCCCGGGUCCCCAGGAAUCAUGGGUCCUAAGGGUGAGCAUGGAUUCCCAGGAGUGCCAGGCUACCAGGGGAGCCCGGGGAAUCCUGGACCUCCUGGGCCCAAAGGAGAGGCAGGUGCAACUGGACAACUUGGACCUCCUGGAAGCCCUGGCCCUGAAGGCAGACCUGGUCAGAAAGGGGAGAAGGGGGACCAGGGCCCCAAAGGUAGCCCAGGAGCACAAGGCAUUGCUGGACUCAAAGGUGCACAGGGAGAACGAGGAAUAGCAGGACCUCCAGGGCAAAAGGGAGCAAAGGGAGACCAGGGCCCAGCAGGCACCCCAGGCGCAGCUGGUCAAAAAGGAGCCAAGGGGGAUUAUGGCCCUAAGGGUCUGAAAGGAGAACCAGGACUAAAAGGAGCCAAGGGAGAGAUUGGAUUUACUGGUUCCACAGGACUGAAAGGGAGCAAAGGUGAAAAAGGAGAAGCUGGCCAGGGUAACUAUGUACGGAUCGUGGGAGGAGACAGGAGGGGCCGUGUGGAAAUCUUCUACAAAGGGUCCUGGGGAACAAUCUGUGAUGAUGGCUGGUCCACAAGAGAGACCACCGUCGUCUGCCGAAUGCUGGGAUUCACCCGAGCCGUCUCUUUCUUCACAGCCCCAUCAGGUACCGGGCAAAUUUGGCUUGAUGAUGUGAGUUGCACAGGGAGUGAAAUUUCAAUUACAGACUGUAGAAAGCGCAACUGGGGUGAAAAUAACUGCAGCCACAACGAGGAUGUUGGGGUGGAAUGUGCUUGAUGGGACGCUGAGUCUGUCCUGGGAACUGCUGCUGCCUCUGCUCUCCAUGGAGCUCUUCUUCAUGAUGCAAACCCAAUUUCAUCAGGCUGUGCUUCUGUGUCUCUUUACUAGGUCAUAGAAAUAUUGACAAAGAAAGUUGAAUUUUUCACAAAUCAAUAACAGUUGCAAGACCCACAGGUAACCUGAAACAUCCCAGCUGUCACAAAACAAUUGGAGCUCAGGCAUGUGAGCCAGUUCUCAGCUUUUCCAGCUACCUGACAUCAGCUCAUCUGCAGGAGCUCACACGUGUGACCUCUGAGUCCACAGGGAAGGGGAUGGUCCACAUUAGCUUAGUGCAGUAAGAGAAUAGUAUCAGUGUGCAGAAAGCUGCACUUACUGCAGCUGAGCUGGAUAGUCCAUCUUCAUCAUGCUGCAGUUGUGAACCUGAGCUUAAAACCCCCAGAGAAGUGCAUACACCCAAGACAGCAGAUGCCCAGGAAUCAUCAGAUGAUCUCUCUGGCAUGCAAAUAUAAAUAUUCUUCAGAAACUAUGCUGAUCACACAUUAAAGUGCAAAAAUAAGUGCCUGGGAUCUAGGUGCCAUACUACCAUGGUUUAGCAUAGCACUUGUUUUUGACCUUAGCUAAGUCCUUUGCCUUCUCUGUCAGUGUUUCCUAACCUGUCUCCAAUAGUAACACCCCUUACUUAUCUGGUGUAUAAAGCUAAGCACUUCAUGCCUUUAGAAAUUAGAUGUUCCAGUAAAGCAAAAUUCUGACAAAUAAAAAAUAUAGCAAAGCAUGAA